AUGCCACCCGCAGCAGAUAUCGAGGAUGAGAUCAAGGACGACAAGAACCCUCCGCCUCUUGAUGAAGAUGAUAUUGCUCUUCUCAAGACUUAUGGUUUGGGGCCUUAUUCAACAAGCAUAAAGAAAGCUGAGAAGGAAAUCAAGGAAAUGGCAAAAAAGAUAAAUGAUUUAUGUGGUAUUAAGGAAUCUGAUACUGGGUUAGCUGCACCAAGUCAAUGGGAUCUAGUUUCUGAUAAACAGAUGAUGCAGGAGGAGCAACCUCUUCAGGUGGCUAGGUGUACAAAGAUAAUUAGCCCCAAUACUGAAGAUGCAAAAUAUGUUAUAAACGUCAAGCAAAUCGCAAAGUUUGUUGUUGGAUUGGGUGAUAAAGUUUCGCCAACUGAUAUAGAAGAAGGCAUGCGAGUCGGUGUUGAUCGGAAUAAAUAUCAAAUUCAGAUUCCGUUGCCCCCCAAAAUUGAUCCAAGUGUCACAAUGAUGACUGUCGAGGAAAAACCUGAUGUGACAUAUAAUGAUGUUGGAGGAUGCAAGGAGCAAAUUGAAAAGAUGCGAGAGGUUGUUGAGCUUCCCAUGCUUCACCCUGAAAAAUUUGUCAAACUUGGAAUUGAUCCCCCUAAGGGUGUUCUCUGCUAUGGUCCUCCUGGUACUGGGAAGACACUGCUUGCCAGAGCAGUUGCCAAUCGUACUGAUGCAUGCUUCAUUCGCGUCAUUGGUAGUGAGCUUGUUCAGAAAUAUGUUGGUGAGGGGGCUAGAAUGGUUCGUGAAUUAUUCCAGAUGGCACGCUCCAAGAAGGCCUGCAUUGUAUUUUUUGAUGAAGUAGACGCCAUUGGAGGUGCACGAUUUGAUGAUGGUGUGGGGGGAGACAAUGAGGUUCAACGAACCAUGCUCGAAAUUGUGAACCAGCUUGAUGGUUUUGAUGCUCGAGGGAAUAUUAAAGUUCUCAUGGCAACCAAUAGACCUGAUACACUUGAUCCAGCUUUAUUACGUCCUGGACGAUUGGAUCGCAAAGUUGAAUUUGGUCUGCCUGAUCUGGAGAGUAGGACACAGAUAUUUAAGAUCCAUACGCGCACAAUGAACUGUGAGCGGGAUAUUCGGUUUGAACUGUUGGCCCGUCUCUGUCCUAACUCUACAGGAGCUGACAUUAGAAGCGUGUGCACGGAGGCUGGAAUGUAUGCUAUUCGAGCGAGAAGGAAAACUGUUACGGAGAAAGACUUUUUAGAUGCUGUCAAUAAGGUCAUUAAAGGGUAUCAGAAGUUCAGUGCAACACCGAAGUACAUGGUCUAUAAUUGAUUGAGCCUCUUUUUUGCCUCUUGAAGAAGGAAACAUGGGGCAAUGAACAGGAACGAGGGGCUUUGAUUUGACCAUGAAAAUUAUGAAUUUCUGGCUGCUCGUGUUUACUGCCUGGAAGAUGCAGGAUUUGCUGCACUUAUGCAUUGUAAUGUCUGAUGAUCUGUUGUCGGUACCAAAACUAUUAACUGUAUUUCUCUGAUAACUCUUUGUUUCAGCUUCUCAAUUUCAUUUCUUGCUUGCAUUCAUAGAUUUGUAAUGUGCAUAUUGAUUUUUUUUUUUGUUGAGUAGGUUAUUCUGAAAACCUUGUAGUAUGACUCAGCGAUAAUAUUGUAUUUAAAAUUAUAUACUUAAAACUUUUUAUAUAGAGGAUUAAACCUU